CCACACCUGAAAAAAAACAAACAAGCGAAAAUAAUGAUAAUGCACUUGCAGGAAUUAGCUGCAUAUUUUUUGUGACAACAUUGACAACAGUUCUCCAAAUAUUUGCUGGUCUGGCCUGUUGAAAAGUAUUAUGGCUACGUUAAAAAAGCAACUAAACUAACUACGCCAGACUUGUUGAUUUGCAGCUUAAAUAUCUUUAACUCGUAGUAAAAGACAGCAAAAACUGGGCGAUAAUCUAACUUAAAUACAACAACCCUGCUUAGGCUAAUACUGUAAGUUUUGCAGUGAUAGUUACCUGGAGGAGCAGGAAAGACUGAAAACGACGUCGAGGUGUUUUUGCCCCCACACACGUGGAUAGACGUGCAGCACAAUGGAACGUGUUAACAAUUAUUUGUCUAAAUAUAAGGGAUAUAUUUUUGCAAAAGGUGAAGCCACUGCGGAGUACAUUGACUCUCUGCAACAUUUUGAGAUUCGUGACAGUGAUGUCUUUUUGGUGACGUACCCCAAGUCAGGUACAAUAUGGGUGCAGAACAUCAUAAAUUUAGUUUGUGAGGACUCGCUUACAGAAAAAACUAAAUAUCCCAACAAUCUUGAGCAGAUGCCAUGGUUAGAGUACCGUGAAGGCCGUGCUGACUAUUCUCUGCGUCCAUCUCCAAGACUAUUUGCCACUCAUCUCAUACCUAGACUGAUGCCACAAGGCUUAAAAAACAAGAAGGGAAAGAUUAUAUAUGUGAGAAGAAAUCCAAAAGACAACGCAGUGUCAUAUUUCCACUUUUCCCACGUCUGGGCCAAAGUUGAGACCCCGAAGAGCUUUGAGGACUUUCUGCAGCAGUAUCUAGCAGGAAAUGUUGGCGGUUCGUCUUGGUUUGAUCACGUCAAAGAAUGGUACAAAGAAAAGGAGAACUACGACAUACUUUUCCUGUCAUACGAGGACAUGAUCAUUGAUCUCAGGACGGCAGUUGAGAAAGUCAGCAGAUUCUUGGGGAAAAAUCUUGAUGCUGCUGCUGUCGCACGUAUUGUGGAAAAAGCCACGUUUAAAAACAUGAAGCAGGACCCCAAGGCCAACUAUGAAUUUCUCCCCAACACUGUGCUGCUCAAGCCUCAAUUCUUGCGCAAAGGCACUGUAGGGGAUUGGAAAAACACAUUCACCGUGUCACAAAGCGAGAUGUUUGACCAGAUAUUUGAAGAAAGGAUGAAAAACGUACCAUUGAACUUCAUCUUUGAUUUAGACACCAAAACAAACCAGAAGUAGUCACAUAAAUAACCAAAGCAUUGUUUGUCUUGUGGGCAUUAAGAUGUUUUACUGGUUUAUGUAAAUGUCCAAAGAAAAAUCUAAUUUUGUGCUUCUUCUCAAUUACAGCUAGUUUCUACAUUGACUAAUGCAUCACUAAAAUCCACAUUUUUGACACUUGACCACACAGUUCUUAUGCUGCACGUGUCGUCAUCCUUCGUCUCAAAAUAAUACGUUUUUCUUUUAUUCCAAAAAUCUUUAGAAUGUGUAUAUAUAUUAAAUCUAAAAAAACUUUGGGUUAGAAAUGUAUAAUUAAAUAUUUAAUUUGUUCAAAUUCAAAGGAUUUUUUUAAACCCUCAGAUCUAUGCCAAAUAUUGUCAAUUGACACUUAUGACUGAUUUUGUGGUCCAGUCACAUUUGUAUUUAGCAAUAAGGAUUCAUGAAAUCAUCAAUAUAUUGCUAUUUUCCAUCAUAUUUAGAAACUAUAGAAGCCUGUUUCUGCGAGGUAAGAAAAUAACUGAUGCCUUAAAAUUACAAUUAUUAGACAAAAAGUUAAAUAAAAAUUAUGACUUAAGUUGAAUUUAUGACUUCGAGACCUGUGACUUAUGACUAAAAAUAUGAUAAAAAGUAGAAAUUAUGACUCCUUUCAAAAUUACAAAAGUUGAAACUAUGACUUUAGUCAAAGGUAUGAGAAAAUUAUAAAACAAAAUUAUGACUUUAAAAAGUCAAAGUUAUGACUUAGUAGGUCAAAAUUAUUAGAUAAAAAUGAAAAUUGACUAUAAAAAGUCAUAGUUAAGGCUUAAGUCAUGAGAUUUAGAGAAAAGACUUUUUAAAUAUUAUAGACAAAAUUGUGAUUUGAUUAAAAAUUUUAAAUUAUGAGAAAAAAAAUUAUGACUUAGUAAGUAAAUUGUAAAGUCGUCAUUUCUACUUUUAAGUGUCAUACUAAUUUAAAAUCAUGAGAUACAAAGUACAAAUUAUAAUUUAAAAAAUUGAAAGUUAUGACUUAAAAAAAAUAAAUAAAUUAUGAGAUAAAAAGACAAUUAUUAUUUUCAAGCUCUGACUCUACGGUAUCUUCCAAGAUAUUUUGCCUCUUUUAGGGUUAACAUGCACUGUGGAUUAAAAAGCAUUAAACUACUUAUGCCCAACACAACUUUAUGCAAAUUUCAGACCAUUAUUUUAAUUUGACAUAUUUAGGAGCUUCAAGAAAUAGACUUCAUCAGUUUGUCUGAUCCAUUUAAGUCCAUGUUUUAACAAGCAAGUUUAAAUUGCAAUCAUCAUUAGUAUGGAAAAGAAGGUUAUUACCAUCAAGCUCCAGAACUGAACUUGUGAUGAUUAAACUCCACAACUAA